CAGCUAUCAGCGCCCCGACCUUGACAAUGUCGUCGCAGUAGCGUGCAGCAGCAGGUCAGUCCUGUGCAGACCGCCGCGCGCUAUGGUCCCCACCCAUGGCGCUCACUCUCCUCCUCCUGCUGUCGCUGCUGGGCGCUCCUGUCCGCGCGCAACUAUCCGUGUUCCAGUCGGUGCUGGAGUACUACCGCGCGGCCGUCAACAUCCCGCCUGGAGCGGCCUCGGACACCUCGGUCUUCCAGAAGGAGUACGACUUCGUCGUGGUGGGCGCCGGCUCUGGUGGAAGCGUCGUGGCCAAUCGCCUCUCGGAGGUCCCUGACUGGUCGAUCCUCCUCCUGGAGGCAGGGAAGGAAGAGAUCCUCCUCACCGACAUCCCUCUCCUGGUCUCUUACAUAUUGGCUACAGACUACAACUGGGGGUACAAAACGCAGCCUCAGCCGGGCAUGUGCCUCAGCAUGGAGAAGCAGCGGUGCAACUGGCACAGAGGUAAGGGGAUGGGGGGCACUAGCAUCAUCAACUACAUGGUGUACUCCAGAGGAAGCAAGAGGGAUUUUGACAACUGGGAGAGACUGGGUAACCCAGGAUGGUCUUAUGAGGACGUCCUGCCGUACUUCCGGAAGUCGGAGAAUAUCAAUAUCCCACAACUUAGGGAUUCCCCUUACCACGGAACCGGAGGAUACCUCAAUGUCGACAAAGCUCAUUGGGCGACUCCCCUAGGAAAGCUCUUCAUAAACGCGCUGAAAGACAGAGGAUAUCCUCUGAGGGACACUAACAACCCGAAUCCUAUAGGUGUCUACCCAGUGCUGUCUACCACAGUGGACGGUGCUCGACUCAGCGCCUCCAAGGCUUUUAUCCGGCCCGUUCGUGCACGGAGGAACCUGUUCGUUGGAAAGGAAGCGCGAGUGACGAGAAUCCUGAUAGAUUCCAAAACAAACAAAACAUUCGGAGUGGAGUUCGUCAAGAACCGGAGGAUUUACGUAGUGCGUGCUAAGAAAGAAGUUAUUUUAUCCGCUGGCAGUUUAAACUCCCCACAGUUACUCAUGUUGUCAGGGAUAGGGCCGAGGGAUCAUUUAGAGGAUCUGGGGAUUCCCGUUAUCAGUGAUCUCAAGGUAGGGUAUAACCUACAGGAUCACGUGUCGAUGGCCGGACUGGCCUUCCAAGUUAACGACUCGAUCACUAUUGUGGAAUCCAGAUACUUCGGACCUCAGUACUUCCUGGACUACAUGCUGAACGGGAACGGUCCCUACACGAUGCCCGGAGGCGCGGAGGCCGUAGCCUUCACGAGGACUAAGUACAACAACGAUACCGACCAGCCGGACAUGGAGCUGGUGAUGGGACCAGGCAGCUUCAUGGGGGACACGGGCGGCAGCCUCCGCCAGAGCUUCAACAUCAGGGAAGACGUCUUCAACAAGAUAUAUGGGAGCAGGAUGGGCCAAGACGGCUUCGGAAUCGUUCCAAUUCUGCUCCAACCCAAGAGUCGAGGCAGAGUCAAGCUGAAAUCCAGAAAUCCCUUCCAUUGGCCGCUCCUUUAUCCAAAUUACUUUUCCGACCCUAGAGACGUCCAGGUUCUUGUGGAAGGAUUAAAGCAGGUACAGACUAAAAAGUAUAUAAAUUUUAAGUGCAAUGUGAAUUCUUGCAUACUAAUAGCUAUAUAUUGCUUUAAGAAGGGCUAUUGUUAACCCACAGUUAGCGUC